AGAGGAGCAACAUCUUUAUAAGGUUUGAGGGUUUCACAGUUGAACACACAACUGAACCUCCUCACAUCAGACAGAUUUGCAGCCAUGAAGAGAAGAGGACUGGUCUUCCUGCUGCUGUCAGGCUGUGUGUUGGUCUGUCACCUCCACACUGACGAUGUCAUCAGAUAUUUCCACGCCGUCGAUACAAAGACCACCUGGACUGAAGCUCAGCGUUACUGCAGGGAAACGUUCACCGACCUCGCCACCAUCCAGGAUCCAACCAACAACAAUGAAGCCAUACAGACGAUGCAGAGUGGAAAGUUCUGGAUCGGACUCUCUUUAAACGACAGUGGCUGGAAAUGGUCUCACUGGGACCAGAGCGAUUCUGUGCAAACCCGGUUCACCAACUGGGCUGACAAAGAACCGAGGUUCCAGGAGUGUGUGACCAUAUCUGGACUUGGGGAGUGGUCUGCCAUAGACUGUGGAGUUGAACAUCACGUGAUGUGUUACAGCGCUGAAUAUGACAAACACAUCCUGGUGAAGCAGCUGAUGACCUGGUCAGAGGGUCAGACGUACUGCAAGACAAAAUACACAGACCUGAGCAGCAUCAGCAGUAAGGAGGAGAACGAGCAGAUCUCCAGUCUGCUGCAGAGUACCACUGACCCUGACGACGACAGUGAGGAUGACAGUGAGGAUGACAGUGAGGAUGACAGUGAGGAUCUCGCCUGGUUCGGUUUGUACAGACAGCUGUGGGUGUGGUCUGACGGGAGCGGUGGCUCCUACCGGCAGUGGGCGUCUGACCAGCCCAAAGAGAAAGAAGACUGUGUGAUGGUGGACUCAGUUGACUGGCACAGUGCGCAAUGCGAUGAUACACACCCCUUCCUCUGUUACAGUGAUGUCAGACAGUCAGCGAUGAGGUUGGUGAAGGUUCGGCUGAGCGGAGGAUCUGCAGACCUGAAUGACCCGAUGCUGCAAGACGCCAUCCUGCAGCAGCUGGAGCAGAAACUGCAGGAUGGAGGGAUCAGAGAGGAGGUGAAGCUGCGUUGGAGGAGGCAGUCUGAUGGGAGGAUUUUCCACAGAGAGGAGGAGACAGCGCCCCCUGUUGACUGGGAGGACGAAGAUUUCUGUGACAGUUCAACAGUUCAAAUCAACUGAUUGUUAUUGGCUGAUAUUCAUCAUUUCUGAUUUAGUUUGUGAUCUUGUUUCUGUUUCCUAUAUACUUAUGUUUGCUUAAAGAUAAAGUCUAAAACUACCUUAAAGGUCCAGUGUGUAACACUUGGGAGGAUCUGUAGAGAUGGAGGACAGGAAGUGAAGGCAGAAUAGAUGAAACGGAGGAAAGUCUGAGCUCAUUUAAAACAAUAUUAGAGAGAAAAUCACAACAAUCUGAGUUUCUGCUCAGAGUUUCUGCUCUACCGCUGCGUCCACUGGUUGGUGAUUAUUAUUGUGUGAAUUUGGUGAUUUAACAUGUUAACAUUUGUCACUAAGGACGGAGGCAGCGGUAGACCAGAAACUCUGUCUCUCUUUUUGUCAGUGGAGUCUGGUGGCUUUGAAGAGAGAAUAGAUCGAUGUUACAUUCAGUUCCCGUCAGAAAGGGUCUGACAGCGAGCUGAAGAGCUGAAUAUCUGCCCCGUCCACAGAGGUUCUCACAAGAUGUUGGUUUGUUAUUUCUCCGUCAAUUUCUUUCAUUUUUCUUUUUUAUGAACAAAAACAUCAAUAAAUGCUCCUUGUGGUUUCUCAGUUUGAUCGAUUUGAGCGGCCGUAAAUAAAACCAACAUUGAUAGUUUGUGACAGUGUAGAAAAUCACUUCCUGUCCUCCAUCUGCGACACAGUGAUGUCAUGUUCAAUAGGAUAUAAUACUCAUAGGUACGUUUUCAUUAGUGUACAAUCAGCUGAGAAUAAGAAUCGUUGUGUUGUUGUUACCUUAGAACGAGACGUUUUCACAAACCAAACACGAGCCUUCUGAUGCCUUAUCUUUUAUUAUUUGUCUGAAUGCCUAUAAACUAUCAUUUCUUAUUAUAUUAAACAGUUUUUUGAUCUUAUUUUGUUUGUAGGGUGAAUAUAUAAUAUCUGUUCAGGCACUAUAGAUGUAUAAUAACGUUACAACAAUGAUUAUUAAUGUGCACUGGACCUGGAGAGUAAGUAAAUAAACAAAUACAAAACUAA